AUGUGCGCUUCCCCGCUAGCCGGUUUCGAGCUGCCACCUCGCCUCACCCUGAACGAAGAACUCGCUCGAUCUGAGAAGCAGCGAUACGGUGGCGGGCGCAAAGAGUGUCGAAAAGGCGAGCCAUGGUCUGAGACAGAGCAUGCUGCUUUUCUGGCAGGCCUGCGCCAGCUCGGGAAGGGUCAGUGGAAGCACAUCAGCCUGCUGUAUGUCCCAAGCCGCACGCCCACCCAGGUGGCCAGCCACGCUCAGAAGCACUUCCUGCGCGCCGCCGGGGCCACCAAGCGCCGCAGCCGCUUCACGGCUGUCGAGGCGGCGGUGACCCACCAGCAGGCGCUCGGCGCUCGCAGCCCUCCGGGCGACGCGACCGCCGGCCAUGCCACAGCGCUGUCGCCCCCCACCGGCGCCGAGGCGGCGCGCUGCUCCCCCGCCGCGCAGCCCUCCGGCGACGCCUCGGUGCCGCUGGGCGCGCUGCACCCCACCGCCCUCCUCCCGCAGCCAGGCGCCGUGGCGGAGGGCAAGCCGUUCUUCCCCCUGGGCCCGCACGGCAUCCCCAUCCUGCCCACCACGCCCGGCCGCAUCAAGGGCUCUGCCAGCGGCUGCGCGACGGACACGGGCUCGCUGGCGGCCCUGGCCGGCGUGGCGGCGGCCCUCAGCCAGGACUCCGACAGCUUCUCCGGGGUCUGGCCGUGA